GGUAUCUCAAAUUCUGAAUAUAGAAGGACCUGCAAGUGGCAAUGAGGAACCAAUUAAUGUUAAUACUGGGAAUGAUAAUCUAGAAGGAGAAGUUCAGGAGGAUGACAUUGACUUACUUGACUCAGACUACAGUUUUAUUAGUGAUGAAGACAUUAAUAAGGAUGACUACUUGUUUGAGAAAUUUGUUGACGCAGGGGUGGAGAGAGAUAUGAUAGUACUUGGUGAACCAGAAGGGUGUGGGAAUGUAGAUGAAGGCAGCGAUAGCUCUGAAUAUGCAGGAAGUGAUAAGCUUUAUUCAUGUUCAGAUAGUGAGGAAGAGGGCGAAGUAGCUUAUAAGCCAAGGUUUGAGGAGUUUAAUGAAGAUACAGACAUGGAUGAUAUUCAUUUUGCAAUUGGCAUGCAGUUCAGCAGUUUUGAUCAAUUUAAAAAAGUUGUUAGGCAUUAUGGCAUUAAGCACAGAUACGUGAUUAACUUCAGGCCUAAUACUAAAAAGAGGUGCAAGGCAUUUUGUAAGCGGCAGUGUCCUUUUUAUCUUUGGGCAUCAUUAAUGAGCGGUGACAAGGAAACGGUCCAGAUUAAAACCGGGAUACUUGAGCAUUCUUGUGUUAGGGAUCACAAUAUUAGACAUAUAAAUCCCACCUGGAUUGCUCAUCAUUAUUUAGAGCAAUUCAGAGCAGAUCCGACAUGGAAGCUUGAUGGUAUAGUGCAAGCUGUGAAGCUAAAUCAGAAGGCGGAAAUCUACAAGGUGAAGGCACUUAGAGCAAAAAAUAUUGCUCUAAAUAUACUUGAUGGAGAUGACACUGAGCAGAUUUCAAUGCUUCAUGACUAUAGGUUAGAACUUAUGAGAACUCAUCCUGGAUCAUCUAUUAUGUUUAAACAAGAGCUUGGAGUUUUCAAGGGAAUGUAUGUCUGCCUUGCUCCAUUGAGAGAAGGAUUUAGGGCCGGGUGUAGAUCAAUUAUAUCAAUUGAUGGCUGCUGGCUAAAGGGAAUUCACGGAGGGCAGCUACUUGCGGCCGUUGGGAUUGAUGCAAAUGAUUGCAUAUAUCCAGUAGCGUGGGCUAUCGUAGAUAACGAAAACAAAGAGAAUUGGCUUUGGUUCCUUCGGCUAUUGGCAGAGGAUUUAGAUAUUCGCAAUAGCUACCACUGGUGUUUCAUGUCUGACAGACAAAAGAUGAAAACAAGUAGCAGGUCUUUACAUGAAUAUGCAGCUGACAAUGAAGUUAUCAAGAAGACGAAAUCCUUACAUGAACUCCUUUGUUUAAACCCUCAAGCAGCAGGUCCUUCUCGACAGAAGACUUCCAAAUCCCAGGCUGCAAGAAAAGCUCCAGCUAAAAGAUAUAAAACUUCAGUUCCGACUCCAUCUCGAGCAGCAAAUUCAGCUCAAGGACCAACAAAUUCAGCUCAAGGACCAACAAAUUCAGUUGCAAAUCCUGCACCAAUUCCAGCUCCAGCACCGCCUCGUUCACUUCUUAAGUUGAAAGCUCCUAUUCCACCCAAGGCUACUUCUUCUUCAAAUGUUUCUUCUAAGAAAAAGAGGGUUUGGAUACCACCUGGUUUUGGAGAUAAAACAAAUUAGGUUUUAAUGAAAAUUAUAUUUUUGCUAUGUAAUACCCACUUUUGGCACAUGGUAUGUCUGCCAAGUAGUUUACUUUUGUAGGGAUGAAUUAAUUUUUUUAAAAUUUUGUAAGUGGGUAGACACAACUACAUUCUGUCUUUUUGUGGGGAUGAUUAAAUUUUGUAUUUUGGCUA